AUGGAAGAGGAUUUAAAAUUCUUUAGUAACUAUACUUACUCAGAAGAGACUGAUAGAGAGUCUGAGAAGUCAAAUACAGAUGAUGAAGAAAUUGAAGAAGAAAUAGAUAUAUAUUUAAAUAACGUUAAUGAAUAUAAUAUAAAUAAUAUUAACACUUAUCUUAUACAAUAUCCUUUAAGACCUAAAUAUCGUCCCUAUAAUUUUACUAAUAAUAUACAAAAGAUAUACAAAUGUAAUAAUUAUAAUAAAUUAAGGAAUAUAAAAAAUAAUGUACAAAGUAAUGAGGAAAGUUAUAUAUUUGAAUAUAAAUUACAUGAAUCUAUAAAAGAGGAUUUCCACGAAUCUAAUACAAUGUAUAAAGAUGAAAAGAUAGAUAGGAAUAUAAGUAGAUUAAUCAGUACUAGUGUUUUAUGUGAAUAUAUAACAAACUGUGUAUGUAUAUUUAAAUAUAAUGAAGUUACAAUGAAAAAAGAAAUUUUUAUGAUACCUUUAAAGCAUAUAUAUCAAUUCAAGCCAUGUUAUGAUAAUAUAUUUUUGGAUAGGAUAUUAGAUGAUUCUACUAAGGGAGAAAAUAAACUUUCCCUUAUAAACAUGAACGGUAUGUACAAUAUGAAUAAUAUGAACAACUUGAAUCCUAAUAAUGGUAAUAAUAAUAAUAAUAAUAUUAAUAACAGUUAUUAUUAUAAUAAUGAAAGGGAUAAUGAAGAGAGCUCGGAGAAUAAUAAAUGUCUAAAUUUUAAUAAUAAUAAUAACAACAAUAAUAAUAAUAAUAAUAACAAUAAUAAUAACAAUAAUAAUAAUAAUAAUAACAAUAAUAAUAACAAUAAUAACAAUAAUAAUAACAAUAAUAACAAUUAUUAUAACAAUAAUUAUAACAAUAAUAACAAUUUGAAUAACCUUAAUAGUAAUAUCUGGAGUAGUAUUGUUAAUAUAUAUGAUCAGGAAUCAUAUGAAGCCCAAGAAUUAAUAUCACUUUUUACAACCAUCAAUUAUGAACAUGAUAGUAUAAUACAAAUAAGUGAAAAUCAAAAAGAAAUGGAUAUUGAUCACGAGAAAUGUAAUUCAUAUGAGCACGAUUCCUUUAUCAAAAAUAAUAUUAAAGAAAUUAAAUUUAAUAAUGAUGCUUAUUUAUAUUUAAAUAAUAUGUGUAAGAAUGCUAAAGAAUAUGAAGGUUACUCAAAUUUAAAUGAUGGUAAUAAUAUGAAUGAUGGUAUUUAUAAUGACAGUUGUUCGAAUAAUAUAAAAAGACAUAAUAAUAGUUUGAUAAAUAGUGAGGAGGAUAUAUUUAUUAAUAUUAAUAUGAUGUAUUUCUUUUCUUUAAGUCUAGAUGAGCAAAUCAUAAAUUUGUUUCGUAUAAAAAAUGUUCAGAGUUUUCAAGAAAUUAAGAAAAUAUUAAAAUCAAAUAUAGAAGAUGAGGUUUUAUUAAAUUGUGUUAAAAAAUAUUGUAUAAAUAUUUUAGGAUUGUGGGUUAUUAAAUCGAAAUAUUUAUAUAAAUUUUUACGAGGUAAACAAGAUAAAAAGGAAAAUAUAAAAGAUAAUAAUAUUAUUGAAAAUAAUGCAAAUGAUAAAAAUAUAAGUAAUAUAGAUAAUAAUAAUAAUAAUAAUAUACAAAAUGGUGGUAAUAUUGAGGAAAAAUUCUCUUAUGUUGAUUAUAAAAUGAGGGUACGAGAUUUAUUAUUAGUUAUCAUAUAUAAACAAGUCGAACCUAUGCUAUAUAAGUUUAUAUAUGAUACGAGACAUCAAAUAAUAAAUAAGAAAAAUAAUAAUAUAAACAAUAAUAUAAAUAAUAAUAAUAAUAAUAAUAGUGUUGCUUAUAAUAGUUACGAUAAUCAUAACAGUAUUAGAAAUAUUGAUACUAUUGGUAGAAAAAAAAUGAAUUCUUCAACAUCUAUUAUUAUUGAAAAUUUUGAAAAGGCUACAAAUUUAUCAAAUAAUGUUCUUGUUGAAAUAUUCACACCUUUAUGUGAAUAUAAAUAUACUGGAUAUUUUUUUAAACAUAAAAUGGAUGAAUUGUUUUUAUUAAAUAAUAUAAAUUUAUGUUUAUCAUAUAAUGAAAAAUGGAAAAAUAAAAUGAUAAAAAUUGCAAAAAUUAUUCAAAUGUAUAAAAAUAGUAAAAUUAUUAUUAAUGAUUAUAAAUUAGACAUACGAACAUUAGAAAAGUAUAUUACUGAUAUGUUAAAUAAUAAUUGCUUUUCUUUUGAUCAUAUUUAUAAUAAUAUAAAAAAAGAAUCCAAAAAUAUACAUAUGGAUUUACAAACAUUUAUUCAAGCUCUAAAUAAUAUUGCUAUUAAUAUAAAUAAUAUGUGGUUUCUAAAAAUAAAAAAUAAUAGUGAUUUUAAUAAGUGUAGAAAUGCUGUUAUUAAUAUUUUCCAAAAUGAGCAUAAUAUUGUUUUAACAAAAAAUGAAAUUAUUAAAAAAGUAGAAACAUAUAUUAAGUCACAAUUAAAUAUACCAGAUAUUUAUUUUAGAAAUAUAUUAAAAGAAUUCUGUAUACAAAAAAAUGGGAAAUAUUUUUUCAAGGGAAAUGACCAAUUUAAUAUGGACUAA